AUGGACUUGUUCAUGGAAUCCGACAUCUUGUUCGACGUCCAGGAUUGUGGGUGUGAAACGGAGGCGCCGCCGGCCUUCACUUUGCCACCUCCGCCGCCACCGCCAGGAUUCCACUACCUGCAGGAUCCUCAGGAAGACACGCACAUCGAGUCUUCCUCAACGCCUCUUCCCUGGACGUGCCCCGUCCUAGUCAGCACCCCGGAGUACCAUCAGGACGCCCUCUUCUCCUCAGUUGCAGCCGGCUGCGUUGCGGUCCUUCUGCUGGUGUUGGCUGUCGUUGUCACCGUUGCCUCAAGGAGACGCUCUCCGGCUCGCCAUUACUCCCACAGCCCGAUCUGCCGGCCGACGCCCUCGGCGAGCAAGCCUGGCCCGCGCACGCCGUGCCGCGCUUCGUACGCCUCCCUGGAGCAGUCGUUCGCCGUCGGGUACUUCUCCUCGGACGCGGGAUGCCCUUCUCCGUCCCCAACCUACUGCUCGCCCUGCUCCCCGUCCCCCUCCCGAGUCCUCCCUGCUACCCCUUCCUCCUCUCGCAUGGUUGUCCGCUACCACACCUCCAGCCGGUCCUUCAGCCACUCCCUGGCCCGCCCGCACGCCUCCGCCCGCACGCAGACUGCCCACCCGCACCGUAGUCCGCUGUACCGCCCACGGCUGGCGAGGGUGAUGUCCGGCCAGCUGCUGGUCCUCCCAGGCGGCGGUGCCAGCCCCUGCCUCGGCCUCAAAUUCCCCGGGAUUGAGAUGGUAAGUCCGCAGCGCGCCGUGGACAACGUGUACAGCCCUCUCCCCGUGCCCUCCGCCCACACCGCCUUCGUCUUCCCCUGAGACGCUCACCUGCCUCCUGCGAUCUGUUUGCGGAUGCUGCCCACAAGGAUCUUCUCCCGCAGGAUCUCGCAGGAGCGCCCAUGGGCCACCAGCGAGGCCGCUCUUCCGCUUAUAGUCAUGCCCUUAUAGAAGCAUACCGCGGGCAGCAUGGCCCCAGGCAAGCGGUGGCCUCGUGUGUGUGGCACUGGCUGGGUGGCGCUGCCCCGCCAACGAUAUCAUCCGCUCCUUUAGUAUAUAUACAUGAAAGAUUAUGCGUUGUGUACAUAUCCAUUUUCCAUUGCAUUUGCACAUUCUUAUCAUCAGUGACGUGUGGA